AUGGCUUCAUUUGCCGUCAAUUUCUUCCUCUUCACAAUAGCCCUUCUCUCAAUUCCCAUCUUAUCACAAUCAAAGGGCAAAACCCAACUCCGACCCUUUAUCUUACCCAUUGAGAAAGACCCAAAAACCAAUCUGUUUUAUACUUCAGUUGGCAUAGGAAACCCUCGACACGACAUGGAUCUAGUCAUUGAUCUUGGAGGACCAUUCCUAUGGUAUGACUGCAAUGAUCGCUACAAUUCUACGACAUACCAUCCUAUCCAUUGUGCAUCCAAAAGGUGCCCCGGAGGUAGUGGAUGCAGUGGCUGUAACGGCCCUUUUAGGCCAGGCUGCUCAAAUGACACAUGCGGAGCCUUCAUUGUCAACCCCUUUGCUAACUCUAUUUUCACUGGGGACACGGGUGAGGAUGUGUUGUUCCUAUCAAAUACCAAAGUGUUUGGUCUACUUUCCGGGUGCACUGGCUCAGAUGGAUUUACUGAUGAAGCACUUCUAAGAGGCUUACCUGAAUCUGGUAAAGGUAUAUUAGGCCUUGCAAGGACACAACUUGCAUUACAAACGCAGCUCACAUUAUCUCACAACCUUCCUCGCAAGUUUGCACUUUGCUUACCAUCUUCAAACAAGAAAGGACUUGGCAACCUCUUCAUUGGUGGGGCACCUCAUAUUUCUAUUCCUCAUCAAAAUGUUUCUCUUAUGCUCACCACCCCUCUCAUUGUUAACCCCUUUAGCACGGCUCCAAUCUUUGGUGAAGGUGACCCCUCUUAUGAAUACUUCAUAGUUGCGAAAUCAAUCAAGGUUGGUGGUGAAAUUCUCAACGUGAAGUCUUCCCUUCUUUCCGUUGACAAUAAGGGACAAGGUGGAACCAAAAUUAGCACCAUGAAUCCCUUCACCGUGUUACAUAGUGCCAUAUACAAACCCCUUGUUAGAGGUUUUGUGAAGAAAGCAUCCGAUAAAAAAAUAAAAAGAGUGGCAUCAGUGGCACCAUUUGGAGCAUGUUUUGAAGUCAGCACCAUUGGUAGGACCAUUACUGGACUAGAUGUGCCCACUAUUGAGUUGGAGUUGGAAGGUGGAGUGCAGUGGACAAUUUAUGGUGGGAAUUCAAUGGUAUUGGUGAACAAAAAAGUAGCAUGUCUUGGAUUUGUGGAUGGAGGUAAAGAGUCAAGAACAUCGGUUGUUAUUGGUGGACAUGUGUUGGAAGAGAACCUUUUGGAGUUCGAUUUAGUUUCCUCCAAACUAAGCUUUAGCUCCUCUCUCCUCCUUCAUAAUGCAAGAUGCUCCAGCUUUAGAAGCUAAUUUCUGUCCCUUUCAACUUGGUUUGAUGAUGAG